AUGUUAUCACAGUAUAGAGUUUCUAUAAAGAUUAAUACUAGGCUCUUCAGUACUACGUUAAGAAAUAAUAUAAAAGGUUUUAAUUUCCCUCCAACUGGUACAACAAACGUGAAUAUAUUUGAAGCUUUAAAGGAUUCAGAUAAACAAAAAACAAACGAUGAAUCAGCCCAUGGAAGUGCUAGCAGCCAAAAUAUUAAGACUUUGGAACCAAAAUUGAUAAAAAGUUUUCAAUAUUCUACAAUUUAUGACCCAUUUGAUUUCUCAAUGGCUAAAAUUAACUUGGAUCGUAAACACAAAUCAAAGUUUAAACUGUUUGGUAAUAAUAUUAACCCAUUAGAUUUAUAUACUUCACCAGAAAUUCUCUCACAAUAUAUGACAUCUACUGGUAAGAUUUUACAUAGUGAUGUCACAGGGUUGUCAGCCAAAAAUCAAAGAAGGUUAGCAAAAGCUAUUAGAAGAGCACAGGCAAUUGGUCUAUUAUCCAAGACACAUAAUUAA